UGGAGAAUUAAAGGCGUCUCGCUCUGUAACAGAGCUUCGGUAUUCAUUACAAACAACCAGAACAAACUUGGAUUACAUUACAUGUCCUCCAAGCAAUAAAAACAACCCAAAUCUCUCUAAUUGAUUUCCUGUCUCCUUUCUCUCCCCUUUCUUUUGUUUUGCCUUGAAUCAUGAAGGGGUGGCUGAGUUCCCUCCUUUUCAUCGUCUUGCUUUCCAUUGUUCAAGCUCAAGAUUCCAUCAAGUUGGAGCUAAUACAUAGGCAUGCUCCUCAGCUCAACGCUAGGCCUAAAACUCAGCACGAGCGCCUCAAGGACCUUGUUCACCAUGACUUUAUGCGCCACAACAGGCGCCAAGCCUGGGAGACACCCAAAACAGCAACAACAACAGCAAGCAACGCCAAUGCAGCCAUUCAAAUGCCACUCAGCUCAGGUAGAGAUUUUGGAAUAGGCCAAUACGUUACAACCUUCAAAGUCGGGACGCCAUCGCAGAAAUUUAGGUUGAUCGUGGACACAGGGAGUGAUUUAACAUGGAUCAAUUGUAGAUAUCGCUGUGCCCGAGGAGAUAAUUGUACCAAACAGGAGCGGAGGAUAACGCGAGGGCGGGUGUUUCGCGCUCAUCUAUCUUCUUCCUUCAGGCCAAUUCCUUGCUUUUCACAGAUGUGUAAAGUUGAGCUCAGAAAUCUCUUCUCUCUUACGAUCUGUCCUACUCCACUUACUCCCUGCGCUUAUGAUUACAGGUACUUGGAUGGGUCUGAUACAAUGGGCGUUUUCGCUAACGAGAGCGUCACUGUUGGCCUCACAAAUGGUAGGAUGGCGAGACUACAGGAUGUGCUAAUUGGGUGCAGUGACUCUUUCCAGGGCACUCCUAAGAAUGUUGAUGGUGUGCUGGGGUUAGCCAAUAGCAAGUAUUCUUUUGCAACAAAAGCUGCGGAAAGAUGGGGUGGAAAGUUCUCUUAUUGCUUGGUGGAUCACUUAAGCCACAUGAAUGCCUCCAAUUAUCUCAUCUUCGGUGCAAAUAACAAGCAAUUAACAGUAUUGGGAAACACUCGCUGCACCAGGCUAGAGCUCAAUUUGGUGAGUCUUUCAUAUGCUGUAAAUGUUCAGGGAAUCUCCAUUGGUGGCAAAAUGUUGGACAUACCACUCCAAGUAUGGGACACAAGGAAAGGGGGUGGAACAAUCCUUGACUCUGGCACUAGUCUGACAUUGUUGACGGAUCCAGCAUACCAGCCGGUGAUGGCGGCGAUCAAGAUGUCUGUUUCCAAAUACCCUCAAGUGAAGUUGCAUGGGGUACCAAUGGAGUAUUGCUUCAACUCCACUGGUUUUGACGAGACUUUGGUCCCAAAAUUGAUUAUUCACUUCGCAGAUGGAGCUCGGUUUGAGCCACAUUGGAGGAGCUAUGUCAUUUCAGCUGCUGAUGGAGUUCGGUGUCUUGGAUUUUUGCCAGCACGUUUUCCUAGCGUAUCAGUUAUUGGAAAUAUUAUGCAACAAAAUUAUUUAUGGGAAUUUGAUUUGGAGGGGAGCAAAUUGCGUUUUGCUCCCUCAUCUUGCACUACUAGAUAGUUUUUGUUUCACAUAUUGUUACUAAUUCUUUGUAAUUCCUCAAUUUCUCACCCUUUGCUCUCUCGUGUAUUGAUUUGAUUUAUACAUGGCCUGUCUCUUUGUUCUAA